AUGUUUCAUGUACAAUGUCUCUUCACGGUCGGCUUGGCUUUCAUUGGAGCAGCCCGGUGUCUAAAAGUGACCCCGCAGGAUGGACUCGAGUUUCUGGAGAACAUUUUCGUCUUCUAUGGAGCGAAUAAAUCAGUUACCACAAGUAAUCUGGAAGAUCUGCUGCUGCUGAUCUCAGCCAGGAGAUCUGAUUUAAUCACUAAAGAAAAUCCACUGGAAGACCAUCAGUGUCAGUCAGCAGAGCAGAUUCUGUCCCACUUUGGGUUGAGCAACGUCACUGAACUGACCGUGGAACAUCUGGGGAGGAUCUGCCCCGCUGUGUUGACCCAGGUGCUGCUGCCCUCCUGCCCCUACAUCAGCCCCGAGGGCCUGCCGCCCGUGGACUACUCUGUGUGGGGUUAUGGCUUUUUGGCUGUCACAGUAAUCAACCUGGCAUCUCUGCUCGGUCUCCUGUUGAUCCCGCUCACCAAGAAGCCAUAUUUCCCCAAAGUGCUGACCUACUUCAUCGGCCUGGCCAUUGGGACACUCUUCUCCAACGCUGCACUUCAGCUCAUACCAGAGGAAAGUGAAGCUCUGGGAUUUGAUCCUAAACAAGAUAACUAUGUAGCUAAUGCAAUGGGGAUAUUUGGAGGAUUUUAUCUUCUUUUUGUUGUUGAAAAAAUACUGAAGAUAUUUCUUCAUGUUGACCAUGAGCAUGGCCACAGCCACUUCACUCCUGCUGAGCCAUCUCAGGAAAACUAUGUUCAUAAUGGAGACAUGUGGGGUACAAAGGACUCUAUAGUUUUGACCAGCAUUUCCACAAUCACCUCUGAUAAAAGCAGCCUGAACUCUGAGCCCCCUCAUACAAAUGUGUCACCAUCUCAGGAUGUCCAGCUGUCAGGUGUAACGUGUCACUGGCUUUGUGGCCAGCGCAUCACCAGCAUCAAGACAGUGGCGUGGAUGAUAACCCUCAGCGACGCACUGCACAACUUCAUUGAUGGUCUGGCCAUCGGUGCGUCUUUUACAGUGUCAAUACUGACGGGGUUCAGUACGUCCACCGCCAUUGUCUGUGAGGAGUUUCCCCAUGAGCUGGGUGACUUUGUCAUCCUGCUAAAUGCUGGAAUGAGCAUUCCUCAGGCCAUUUUCUUCAACCUGCUGUCAUCAGUGUCGUGUUAUCUUGGCCUUGUGUUAGGCAUCCUGCUUGGGAGCAACUUUGCUCCAAAUGCAAUUUUUGCCAUAGCUGGAGGAAUGUUUCUGUACAUUGCAUUGACAGACAUGUUUCCAGAAAUGGACAACAUUGCAAGAGAACAGAAGAAAACUUCCAACAAGAUCAUUUUCUUUCUGAUCCAGAAUGUAGGGCUGCUUACUGGGUUCACCAUCAUUCUGCUAAUAACUUUGUUUGCAGGAAAUAUAAACUUGGGCUAA